AUGGCCGGUGGCGCAGUUCGUGAUUUGCUAAUGGGCAUCAAGCCAUCGGAUGUCGAUUUCGCAACGGAUGCUACACCUGAGCAAAUGAAAGAGUUAUUCACUCGGGAGCAGAUCAGAAUGUUAAAUAAAAAUGGCGAAGAGCAUGGAACAGUGACAUGUCGUAUCGACGAUAAAGAAAAUUUCGAAAUUACAACAUUAAGGUAA